GUCCAAUACGAUACGAGAGACAAGUUCCUUUCCUUGAGUUCAUCGGUCGGUUUCAUUUGCGUAAACACACUUAUCUUUAAAAUUCAAGAUUGUGCACUACCAAAUAGUCGAGAUAAAACAGCACCGUAUGGCGUUUACAGAUAAUCAGUGAACCGCGUAGUGGUAUACGUGAACGUUACAGUGAUUUUAGUGCGUAGCUCGAACGAUGACGGAACAAGCUAAGUUCGAGGGGAACUCUGACCCUAGUUUAUCGAAUGCAGCCGUGACGCCUGGUGGAGAUGUGCCCGCCUUCAGAAAUCCGAUCCCAUCUACCUCAUUUGCUAAUAGUGCUUUAGGACCCCCAGUUUUACCACCCAGGCCUGACUUGGCUGUACAACCUUCUUACUCUAUGACUCCUGGGUAUUCUUACGGGGGGAUGAAUUCUUAUGGAAUGGGUGGUAUGGGGAUGGGAGGUAUGGGAUACAGUAAUUAUGGGUAUGGGGGUUAUGGAGGAGGCUAUGGGAUGGGGGGUAUGGGAGGUAUGGGUGGUAUGUCACCUUAUGGAGGAUUCAAUAGAUAUGGACCAAUGUAUGGCGAUAUUGAGAACAGAUUCAUCCAAAUGGCAGAAGAAAGCUCGCGGCCUGCCUUUGAUUCAAUACAAAGUCUAGUCAAUGCCGUCGGCAGUGUCGCCAUGAUGCUCGAAAACACAUUCUUUGCUCUCACUAGCUCGUUUAGAGCUAUAUUAGGUGUAGCAGAAAACUUUGGUCGCCUCAGAUCGCUGUUCGCCCAGUUUUGGUCGACUUUCGCCGUGGUGCGAUCUCUGAACUGGCUCGUACGGAAACUCAUGGUCAUGCUUGGGAUCAGGACUGAGAACGAGUUCAAGGCAUGGGCAGAAGCUGUGGCUGCCUCGCAAACCGGUACGGGCACACCUGAACAACGGGCCAAGGGGGCCAGUUGGCCAAUUCUUCUGUUCUUCGGAGUGGUUGCCGCUGCCCCUUACAUCGUACUGAGGAUGAUGAGUGGACUCACCACCAGCGUGAAUGAGAGAUUAAACGACCCAACAUCCUGGCAGACCCCCCUCCGCUCCGUAGCCCAGUAUGAGUUUCAAGCCACCUCCCCCCAGGAGCUCAGCUUCCACAGCGGCCAGCUCAUCCUCCUCGCACCACAAUAUCUCCAGGGGCAGCUCUGGAACAGCGGCUGGCUCAUGGGCAGUACGGACAGACAGACUGCUGGGCUCGUACCGGUGAAUUAUAUUAAGGUUAUCAAACCGGAGGAUGGUGAGAUGGAUAAAAAUUUGAAACAGGAGUUGUGAUGACACUGAAGUAGAAAAUAUUGAGUUCGAUUAUAAGGACUAUGGCAGAAUAGAAAUUGCGUAUAGUUUUAAUAAAUAAUAACAUUAUGAAAUUUUAAUUCCCGUCGGGGCUUAUGGAAGGGCAUAAUAUUUCUAAUUCUACUUUAAAUUAUAAUUUUAACAGAGACAUGUAAUUAGGUAAAAACUGGUCAUUUCCUUGCAAAGAUGUUCGUCAAUCGUGUAUUAAUUGGUAAAUUUAUUGCCACUAUACUGCUAUAUUCUUUAAUAGUCUGCUUGAGAAACAAUUGCAUCGAAAUACCAGUCUUUAUUUGUUUACGUGUCUCUAAAAUGUAGUUACCAAAAAGUUAUGGAAGUAAUACUUAUACAUACGUAGUAUAUAAAUCAAACCGUGCUUGGCAAGCUCUCUUUAGCGACACAACUUUAUACGAAAUAAAUCAUUUAUUUAUUUCGUAUAAAUUGUGCUUUCUUUUUUUUUAUUCAAAAGACAUUCCAAAUUAUGCCGAAGUAAAUUACAUGAAAGUAGGUAAAAUGCGGCCAUAUUUGCUGAUCGUAAGGCUGAUUUAGACGGUAUGAGAUCUAGCAUGCCAGCUUAUUUUGGCAUGUAUAAUUAUGAGCCCUAUUAAUUCUGACCUGAAUGUAGAUAACGUAAAUGAACUGUUGUUUUUUUUUGAGAUUGUUAUUAUUCGGCGUUUAUUAUGUUUUCUUUUUAUUAAUAUGCAUUUUUUCUAAGACUGCAUUGAAUCAAGUGCAAUUACAGGUGGCUUAUUUUAAGUUUUGAUCGUAAUUGUCUAAAAAUCUUUAAUUUAUAUGGUUAAAAAUAUAAAUUGUCUGUAGAAUUUAAAUGUAGAAAAAAAAUAACGCGAUUCACGAAGUUGUUUCGUGUUUUUUUAUUGAAUAAAUGAACUGAAAUGGUAUUAUUUGAGGAAGCAAAAAAAAGCGAUGGUCACCUUUUUUUCUUUGGAGAUAAAUGCAUUCCGUAUACCACCCGGAUGCGAGUGGUGAUGGUGACUCGAGGGGUUAUGUGGGACUGCCGUCUACGCAUGAGGGCCACGGUAUACCCACUAAACCUCUUACGACGUGCGUCGCCUGAGUGUGGAUUGCCGCUUACGUGAACAGUUUUCUUAUUAUCUACAUCCACAAGCGGUGGUCACCUGUCCUAAUCCUAACCUUUCAGACACUUUCAGUAUAGCUCAUCACAAUAGAAUCGUGACUCGCGUUACUUUUUCGUGGAAUUUAAUUGUAAAUCUAUGUUCAAUUUUACACAAUAUGGGAUGGACUGAUUUGUUAAGGUUAAGCAAUAAACGUUUUCUUAUUG